AUGUAUAAUCACUAUGUAGGGCAAAGAGUUGUUUGUUUCUUUCUUUUAAACAUACUGUGCUUUUCAGAUGAUCAUGUGAAACAGUUCAGAGAUGAGGGAACCUGGAAUUACUCCACUAUGUUACUGAGAGAAGACCUCGGACUUCUGAUUGUUGGAGCAAGGGAUGCUAUCUAUGCCCUUGACGUCAAUAACAUCUCUGUCCAAAGAGCAAAGGUUCCCUGGGGCGUAACUAAAGAGAAGCGGGAGGAAUGUCAGUUCAAAGGGAAAAACUUUGACCAUGAGUGUCGAAACUACAUUCGGACCCUUCACCUGAUGGAUAACGGGACUAUGUACGUGUGUGGGACGAAUGCUUUUAAUCCUACCUGUGACCACAUGACCUACACAGAUGGAAAAUUGAAACUGGCAAAUAUUCAGAUUAGCGGAAGAGGGAAAUGUCCUUUCGAUCCUUUUCAGAGACACUCCUCUGUUAUGGUUGGGAAAGAUCUGUACUCCGCCACUUCAGUGAACUUGCUUGGGUCUGAUAUGGGCAUUCUCCGCAGUUCCCCGACAUUUUUACGGACAGAGUAUGGAAGCUCCUCGCUCAGCGAUCCCAGUUUUGUCUUUAUGGAUCUGGUCCGUGAGAGUGUGGACAGCACCGAGGGAGAUGAUGACAAAGUGUACGUGUUCUUCAGCGAGAUCGCCGUGGAAUACGGACUCCAGCCUAGACUGAGGGUGUCACGGGUCGCUCGUGUCUGCAAGGGGGACAUGGGAGGAGAAAGAAAACUGCAGAAGAAAUGGACAUCAUUUCUGAAAGCUGCUCUAGAAUGCUCUGUAUCAGAAUCCAGCCUGCCUUUCAUGGUUCAAGAUGUUUUUCACUUACAGCACAGUGACUGGACAAAGAGCAUGUUCUACGCAAUAUUCACCACUCAACUGAGAUGCUGUAACAUGUCCACAGUGUGUGCAUACUCAGUAUCCAAGAUCAGCAGUACAUUUUCCCGUGGGAGGUUUAAGACGAGGGUUAUCGUGAAGAGGUUCUACGAAAAAUGGGUGCCGUAUGAUGAAGAUGUGCCUGUUCCUCGCCCUGGAGCCUGUAUCAAUAAUGUCGCAAGGAGUCUGGGAGUACAACAAUCAUUGGACCUACCAGAUAAGACGCUUAUGUUCGUCCAAAACAGCCUCCUAAUGGACGAAAUAGUGAGGCCAUUGACUGGGGGGCCACUGAUGAUCAGUAGAGGAGCUGCAUUCACCCGACUCGUUGUCGACAGCGUUACCGGACUUGAUGGACAUGUUCACCACGUCAUGUUCGUAGGCACAGAAAACGGCUUUGUACAGAAAGCUGUAAACUACAAUGGAGAGAUGUGCAUCAUUGAAGAAGUACAGGUGUUCCAGGUCCCUGAGCCAGUCAAGAUCCUCAGACUGUCAUCAUCCACAGGUUAUCUGUAUGCAGGUUCUAACACUGCAGCAGUUCAAAUGCCCUUGAGUGACUGCGGUCGCUAUGGUUCCUGUCUGCGCUGUGUGUUAGCCAGAGAUCCGUACUGCGCCUGGGAUCUGACAGCUGCCGUCUGCUUUAGAGUUCCCAGUCGUCCCACAGACAAGUAUGUGUAUGUCCUCCCUCACACUUCAGCAACAGAGUGGGCAGACAUGAGCACAGAGGGAGACCGCACAGAGCUACCCUGCUGUCCUGGGACACACACUGAGGACAGCAACAUACUGCCUCUGAAAGUAGCCCUGGGAUCUUUGAAAGAACAUGAGGAGAGGCUUCCCAAAGUUCUUGAUCAACUUGGAGAGAUCAAGACAGUCACCAAUUGGCCUCAGCCCACAAACGUGAAGACCCGACAAUCCUUGGGAUUCUGUGGCUACUACUGCAGGUUUCUGGGCCAGUGGUUCUCAAUUCUGCUCCUGGACCCUUACUGUUACUCCACACUUGCAUCCUGCUCCAUGGUCCUGACAGAAGACUUUGCCAGGUAUGGACACAGCAGAGAUCCCUCUCCUGAUGGAAUGGAGUCCAGAGCAACACGCCCCGUCCUCACCGAGUCCAGACUUGGCUCAGAUCAGUGCCUCCUGGAACGUCGCCUUCUGUCCAGCACCACCAGUUCACCCGUCUCGGUUCCCCCUUCCCAAGAGCCCGAGCCUGUGGAGGUUGACUCUGCAACGCACCCAAACAUGCUCUGGCUGGUGGAGGUGGUGGAGUUGACAGACUCAGCUUCAGUAUUGGUACUGGUGCCGCUGACACAAGUGCAUCAGGCACAUGUGCCAGUGGAUUCAGCUCUGGUGCUGGAGCAGCUGGUGCCUCCUCCUUUUCAGUGA